AUGGCCACUCGACCCCAGAAUAUUGGCAUCAAGGCCAUCGAAAUCUACUUCCCAAGCCAGUGUGUUGACCAAGCCGACCUCGAGAAAUUUGAUGGCGUUGCACAAGGCAAAUACACAAUUGGUCUGGGACAGACUCGAAUGUCCUUCUGCGAUGAUCGAGAAGAUAUCUAUUCGAUCGCCCUCACAACCCUGACCAGCCUGGUAUCGAAAUACUCGAUUGACCUGAAACAUAUCGGAAGACUGGAGGUUGGCACUGAGACCAUGCUGGACAAGAGCAAGAGUGUGAAAUCCGUUUUGAUGCAACUCUUCGAGAAGUCUGGCAACUUCAACGUUGAGGGCGUUGAUGCUUACAACGCAUGCUAUGGUGGUACAAAUGCCGUGUUCAAUUCGAUCAAUUGGAUCGAAUCCUCUGCCUGGGACGGACGCGACGCCAUCGUUGUGGCAGGUGACAUUGCUCUCUACAAGAAGGGUAAUGCUCGCCCAACUGGUGGUGCUGGCUGCGUUGCAAUGGUAAUUGGGCCUGAUGCUCCAAUUGCGUUCGACGCAGGCCUUCGAGGAUCCUACAUUACCCAUGCCUAUGAUUUCUACAAACCAGAUCUUACCAGUGAAUACCCUUAUGUGGAUGGGCAAUUCUCCCUGAGAUGUUACACAGAGGCCGUCGAUGCGUGUUACAAGGCGUAUAACUCCCGCGAGCAAACCCUGAAAGCACGAGCAAAUGGCGCGGCGACUAAUGGUCACUCGAAUGGAAAUGGAAUCCAUGACGAGACGGAGAAGUCACCCCUUGACAGAUUUGACUACAUGGCGUUCCACGCUCCCACCUGCAAGCUGGUGUCCAAGUCAUACGCUCGAUUGCUGUACAAUGACUUCUUGGAAGAUCCAACCCAUCCUCAGUUCAAGGAAGUGGCCCCUGAACUCCGCGAUCUGGAGUAUCAGGCAUCACUGACAGACAAGACUGUGGAAAAGACUUUCAUGGCCUUGACGAAGAAGCGCUUUGCUGAGCGAGUGCAGCCUGCCAUCCAGGUUGCGACCAUGUGUGGAAACAUGUAUUGCGGCAGUGUCUACGGCGGUCUCGUCGGUUUGAUCAGCAAUAUUGCCCCGAAACAAAUUUACGGCAAGCGCCUGGGGAUCUUCAGCUACGGAAGUGGCUUAGCCAGCUCAAUGUUUAGUUUGAAAGUGGUUGGUGAUACCACUGAAAUGGUGAAGAAGCUCAACCUGCAAGAGAGACUGGAUGCUCGCCGAGUGGUUGCACCCGAGGUCUACGACCAGAUGUGCCUGCUUCGAGAGAAGGCGCAUCUCAAGAAAGACUUCCAGCCGGCCGGUGACAUCGAGACUCUGGUCAGUGGUACUUACUAUCUGACCAACGUCGAUGACAUGUACCGAAGGAAGUAUGAAGUGAAAGCAUGA